AUGGAAGUCGGCAUAAUCGGUUCUGGAAUCAUCGGGCUCACGUCUGCUCUUGCCCUCAUCGAAGCAGGAUACCCUGUGACCAUUAUCGCCCGUGAUUUACCUGGCGAUGAUUCAUCUCAGCAGUGGGCAAGCCCUUGUGUUGUGCAAAGGACUGGCGCUGGCAUUCUUCCGCACCCGGACUACAAGGGGCAUGACUUACAGACCGAGAGCUUUGAGCUUUACUGGGCACUCGCUCAUCGUGAUCCGACAAAUGGAGUACAGAUAUGA